AUGAAUAAAAAAAAACGUCAACAAAACACUAUAACGGAUGAUAGUACAACAAAAAAAUUUCAAAUUUCUCUUAUUUCUUUAGCAACAACAAUCAAUAGAGACCAAAAUUUAAUCAAUCACUUUGAAGAUCUUUCAAAUGAACUUAUCUAUGAAAUUUUCGAGUUUCUUGAUUCUUAUCACAUUUAUGAAGCUUUUCUUGAUCUCAAUACACGAUUUCAAAAUCUUUGUAUUCAUUCAAAUCUUCCAAUUAAUAUCAAUAUUUCAUCUUUAUCUAAAUCGACUUUUCAACGUUAUUAUACUCAAUUGAUUAUGCCUAAGAAACAUCGAAUUCAAUCACUUUGUUUAUCAGAUCCAUUCAUCAUUGAUUUCUUUUCUUCAUCAACAGAACAUCUUUCAAAAUGUUCUCAACUUCGUACACUUAUUCUUGACAUAUUUGAAUCAGAGCAUAUGGAAAAUCUUCUUCAUAGUUUAGCUUCUUUACCGAAUCUUUCAUCAUUGGCUAUUCCUAUUGCGAAGGGUUCUAAUACAAACACUAUUUAUGAUCUAAUAUUUCAAUUACCAGUCUUAAAAUAUUGCAAAAUGACUUUCGAAGAAAACGUUUUUUUCGAAUCAUUACCUAGGUCUACCAAAAAAGCAUCAAAUUCUAUUGAACAUCUCAUUAUCAAUGGUGCAUGUCACUACGUUAUCAUUGAUGCCCUUUUAUCAUAUGUUCCUCAACUUCGUCGUCUAUCAAUUAAUUAUUUGUAUGGAUAUUACAAACAUGGAAUAAAUGAAUUCUCGACUAUUUUAAAUAAUUUAACACAUGUCUCGCUGACAUUGAAAGAUCUAUUAUUUGAUCAAUUUGAGCCAUUUAUUGAACAAUAUCUCAGUCGAGUUAAAGUACUUCCACCAUAUGGAAUCUUCUAUUCGAUCAAACCAUAUAGACGAAAAUACUUCACAUUAACUGAUGAACCAAAUUUAGACAAGAAUACUUGUCAUGAAAAAACAAUUUUUGAUUCCGUUCAUCAUGUAACCAUCCAAGAUGAAAGGGUAAUUGCCGGCACCUCAAAAUAUUUUCCAAACGUCAAUGAACUCACUAUCUUCAAUCGACGUGCUAGUUGUUCUCACUGGGAUUCAACUUAUAAUAUCGAUGGCAUUAUUUCUAUGAUACAGGUUACUAAAUUAACUAUCGAUUAUAGUCAUCGUCCUUUUAAUAAAUUAGUCGAUCUCUUAUAUUGUACACCAAACGUUCAUACAUUAGUUUUUAAACAAUUAUCACUUUCCGAGACGGAUUACUUUCUAUUACAAGAAAGCGAAAAAUUUCGAUUAGUAUCAAAUCAAAAUAAAAUAAAAAGUAUAACUUUUUCAUUUGACUAUUCAUUGCGCAAAAUUAAAUUAUUCAUGAAUCUUUGUCCUAAACUGCAACAACUGACUAUUGGCAUGACUGAUAGUUGUCUUGAAAUAAUUGUUCAAUUUUUAUUAUUAGAAACUAAGAGAACUACUUGUCAUUUAUCUUCAUUAUGUAUUUUUGGAAUAAAUACAAUAUGGAAUAAAAAAUUGAAAACUCUAAUUGAAUCAAAAAAUCUGUCUGAUGAUUAUUCUAUAAAAAUUCUAGAUCGAAAUUUUUAUCUUUGGUGGUAA